GAAUAUUAAUUUCCCAUUCCCUUUAACAAAAAAUAUCACACUAUAAUAAAUAAUAAAUAAUUUAAAAUGAAAAUCUCUGGCUCUUUCCAGAUAAGCUCGCGGGUCAAUCUCCCCAUCUGCGCUGCGUGUCUCCUUCCCAGAGAUGCUUCUUCACUAAGUAAGCAAGACGCGUCUCCUUGUGUACAUUCCUUAAUUUGAUCCGUACAUCUCUAAACUAAAUCAUCUUUUAUAUAUAUAUAUAGAUCAAUCCAAAUCUCUUCCUUCAUACUACAUCUUCAGCGCCUUCUCUUUCUUCGAUCUCAGCUUCCUUCGAUUUUCCAGUAUAUAUAUAUAAAUCAGUCAUGGCCGGCACGUCGGAGGAAUCACAGCCCCACCAACCAUCUUCCACGUCGCCAUCUCCGAAACCCACGGAGGCACCGCUUGCCGGGUUCUACCCCUACCCGCCGACGGAGGAGGAGAUGAAGAAAUGGGGCACCCACGUGAUGGGGGCGCCGGCUGUGCCCGCCACCCACCCGGACAACCAGAAGGCCGCCACGUGGAACGCCGGCGAUCACCAGCAGCAGUUCCAGCACCAGCACCCCUACCUCCUGUACUCUCCCGUUGAGAAGCCCAAAAACCCCCUUAAACCCGUCAUCGACGUCUUCAAUUCCUGGAGCAGAAAGGCGGAGACCAUUGCCCGCAACGUCUGGCACAACCUGAGAACGGGACCUUCGGUAUCGGAAGCGGCGUGGGGGAAGGUGAACUUGACGGCGAAAGCUAUAUCGGAGGGAGGGUUCGAGUCGCUGUUCAAGCAGACCUUCGAGAUCUACCCGGAGGAGAAGCUGAAGAAGACGUUCGCCUGUUAUCUCUCCACCACGACCGGGCCGGUGGCCGGAACUCUGUAUCUCUCCACCCAUCGCGUCGCUUUCUGCAGCGAUCGACCCUUAUGCUUCACCGCUCCGUCGGGGCAGGAGGCCUGGAGCUAUUACAAGGUGAGUAUACAGUGGCCAGAGAUAGCCGCGAUCAACCCUGUGAUCAUGAAAGAGAGUCCAUCAUCAGAGAAGUACAUGCAGAUCGUGACCGUUGAUGGGCAUGACUUCUGGUUCAUGGGUUUCGUUAAUUUUGAGAAAGCGUCUCAAAAUCUGUCUGAAAUCAGAGCAGCAUGUGGGAGUUGUGUGACCCCCGUGGUUGGCUAGCUGUAUAUGCGUGCAUUAGUAAUGUUAAAAACCAUCUGUGUAACUGUGUUUUGAUAGAUUCAGCUUUUGAUUUUUAUUUUAAAAGUUUCGCGGGUGUAGAAUUGGGGAAUUUUGGAUUGUACUUUUUUUUUUUUUUUUUGGAUACGUCCGGGUAUCCACUACCGUCAACCACGUCCGAUUUUGGAUUGUACUUUUGUAAUGAGCUUAUAUGGUGUAAUGUUACGCGUGUUCAAAUCGCCUUUUCUUUUUU